GCGGGCGGCGGGGCCGCGCUCCGGAGCGGGCAGCGCGGGGACAGCGCAGGAGCGCUGCGCUGCGCGGCGCGGUGCGGUGCGGUGCGGCGCGGCGCGGCGCGGCGGGGCGCGGCGGUCCUGCCGGCCGGCGCCAUGGAGGAGUUUCUGCAGCGCGCCCAGUCCAAACUGAACAGGAGCAAACGCCUGGAGAAAGUCCAUGUUGUUCUUGGGAAUAAAUCCUGUGAUUUGGAUUCACUUAUUUCUACUCUGGCCUAUGCCUACUUUCUAGACAAGGUCAGUCCUCCUGACGUUCUUUGCUUACCCGUGUUGAACAUACCAAGAAGAGAUUUUAGCUACUUUACAGAGACAAGAUUUAUAUUGGAGGAGCUGAAUAUCCCAGAGUCAUUCCACAUCUUCCGAGAUGAAAUCAAUUUGAACCAGCUGAAUGCUGAAGGGAAAUUGUCUUUAACACUUGUAAACAGCAACAUGCUGACAAGUGAGGAUAAAAGUUUGGAAUCAGCUGUUGUCAAGGUCAUCAAUCCAGAUGAGAAAGGUGAUGGAAGCCUGGAUUUACAAGCGUCUUCUUCCUCUUUAGUAGUAAAAGAGAUUCUUCAAGAGGCACCAGAGUUAAUCACUCAGCAACUGGCUUAUCUCCUCAGAGGAAGCAUUCUCUUCAAGUCUUUGGAGGCUGACAGAAUUACAGAGCAGCAGGAAAAAGUACUGUCAAUCCUUGAGGAAAGGUUUCCAGACCUUCCCCCACGGGAGGAAAUUAUCUCUGUUCUCCAGGAAACUCAGUUUAACACACAAGGUGUAAGCAUUGAGGAGGUUAUGCUGAAGGAUCUCAAGGAGAUUUCAGAUGGAGAAAUCAAAGUAGCAAUUAGCACUGUGUACAUGACACUGGAGGACUGCGUGUUACACAGGAGUCUCAUUGGUGACCUGAAAGUAUUCAUAGAUAAAUACGGGUUUGAUGUACUUGUCAUUUUGGCCAACUGUUUGUCAAAUGAGAAGCAAACAAAACGACAAAUAGCAGUAUACUCGGAAAACUUAGAGCUAGGCAAUCAAAUCUGCUGUGAAUUAGAAGAAUGUCAGAAUCCUUGUUUGGAGCUGGAUCCUCUAGAAUGUGGAUGUGACCAAGUUCUCGUUUAUCGUCAAGAAAAUUCUUUGGUGACCUGUGAUCAAAUUUUUCUUCUAAUUAAGGAAGUUAUAAAUAGAAGACAACCAGAAAUGGUGUCAAACAGUAGAACAUCUUCUACUGAAGCUGUUGCUGGAAGUGCUCCACUUUCACAAGGAUCUUCUGGUAUUGUGGAGUUAUAUGGUUCUGAUGUAGAGCCACAGCCCAGUUCUGCCAAUUUUAUAGAAAAUCCUCCAGAUCUAAAUGGGUCUAUACAAGCCAACGUUGACGUUAAUGUAGACCUUGUGAGUCCAGACAGUGGAUUGGCUACCAUUAGAAGCAGCCGGUCUUCCAAGGAGAGUUCUGUUUUCCUUAGUGAUGACAGCCCUGUUGCAGAAGGUGCUGCUUCCCAUCACAGUCUUCUGCCUGGCUUUGAUUCCUAUAGCCCUAUUCCUGAAGGAGCAAUAGCUGAAGAACAAAAACCUCAGUCUAGAGACAAUAGCGAUAACUUUGAUCUUUUCAGUUUUGAUCUAGCACCCGUGGUCACAGCUCCAUCCGAGUCAUCUUCUCGUUCUGUGGAUUGUUCCCCAGCAGACGACUAUUUCCUUAAUAGUGAUUCAUCAGAAGGGCAACAACUCACUGUGCAGAAAGAAGUUGAUGAGACAAACAUGCUAGAAAAUGAUACAGCAAAUUAUUCAGCUGACCUACUUAUAACAACAAAUGAGGUAGACAAUUUAGCUGCAUUUGAUGAGAAUCCAGGAGAAAUGUGUGAGAAAACUUCAAGUUUGAUCAAUUUAGUUGAAGGUGAUUCUUCUUCACCAGAAAUGUUGAAAUCUGCUGAUUCAAGAAUUCCACCAACUCCUAUGAACAGUCUUGUAGAAACUUCACCAUUAGAUAAUGGACAACCUUUAUUUUUCCCACAAGAUGUCAUUAAAAAAAUUAAUGAAAUAGAUGACACAGAUCAUUGUCACUCUCGUGUUAGAUAUGGGAGCUGGUGGGAUGGCUUUGAUCUAGAGUCCAGAAAUGCUGAUACAUGGAGCUUAAGUGAGCAGGAAUCUGUAUUUCAGAGCCCAGUCUUAUGGAAAGAUUGUAAAGAAAGUCCCUUGCUACGAGAACAUGUUGACAGGAGAGCCUCAGAUUCAGUGUUCCUCCAAAAACAGCCAAAGCAAAUGGAAUACAUGAGAGCAGGUCUGUGGGAUCAUCAGUUUAAACAAGAUACUUGGAACCAUGAGAGUCAAGAGAAAAACAGUGAACAUACACAUUUGCAGUCUGCUUCUUCAGAGGAAACAAAGCAAGAACUGGAGAGCUUUACUGACCUGUGGAACGUCAGUCAGCCGCCACCUAUGAUGUCAGAUGCAUGGUGUUGUGGUGAAGGAAAAGGUAGUCAGAUAGCUGGAGACUCUUAUGAAGUCUGGACUAAGUUUGAUGCAGGAGAUAUUGCUAGAUCCUCAGAAAAUAUAUGGAACAUGCCCAAACUGGAUAGAGAAAAAAAAUCAGUGAAUAUUCCUGAAGAAUGGGCCAUAUCAAAAUCGAGUUUAUCUGAUUCUUCAGAAAACACAGUGGACAAUGAGACUGAAAAUCCACCUAUCCAGGUAUCUCCAGAAGCCUGGGAAAAAGAAAAAUAUUAUUCAGGAGAAGAAUAUGGAAAAUCUGAAAGUACAAAUUCUGUUUUCAAUAACAUGCAAAAUAGCUGCAAGUUGCAAACAGAGGAAAAAAAUGUAUUGGGUGACCUUAAACACAGACCAAACCAACUUGAAAAUAUAGAGACCUGGAAUAUGUCUGAUAAAAACAUCAGGAAAGAAGUAACAGAAGUAGUGGCGCCGUGGGAGGAUGCUUUCCUGUACUCAGAUCUUAGCUCCUCCAACAUAGGUGAAGACUUAGUUGUUUCUCCACCAGACACCAAUUAUUCAACAUCUGAUUCAUAUGUAUCACCUACAUAUGUGGAAGACGAAAGAGAAAAUGAGGACAAAGAUUUUGACAAAGAAAUAGUUAUUGAUAAAUUGAUAAACCCAGAUUUGGCUGAACCAAAAGUACUUGAGAAAGCAAAUAAGGAACCGUUAUCUCCUACAAACCUACCUUUUCCAAGUGCCAGAAACACGAACAUCUGGAACACUCCCCUGAAUAACAUCACCCAGUUACAAGAACGAAACUCUGAAAUUACAGCUCUUUCUGCCUCUGUUAAACCUUCUGUUAAUUCAGAACAAACAGCUAAUCCAUGUUUUUCAACUGAGAUACGUAGCAGUGAAAAUAUUUUUUCUAUAUCUGAAAACAAAAGAAUAACACUGAUAAAUGAGCAAACAGUGAAUGACUCAUCACCAUCACAGAACAAAUUGAAUUCCAGACAGCCUGAAGCUGAAAGUGUAGAAGUAGUGAGCAGUGUUCCCGUAGAAGACACAGACACAUCUACGCCAACUUCAGACACUGGGAAUGGUCUGGAUCUGAAAAUAAGUGACUUCGUAGGGAACGAGAUGCUUAGUGAGGAGGCAGCACAAAACGCUGCUGAUAUUGAUGAAAAGCUGGAAAGUCAGGAUUCAGUGCAGCAGCUGAACUCAUGGAGUUUACAGAGUGAGCAGGGUAGUGAGGAAGGCUGGGACAAUGCCGUUGUCACCUCUCAGGAAGGAAAAGAGGCAUAUAAGAGAACAGAUGGAACAAGUGGACAGCAAAUGAUCAGUGACUUUUAUAAUAAACCAGUACAAGAGGACAGUGAAUCUUCCUGUAAUGCAGAUUCAGAAGAAAACAGGUCAACAAAUGAAGUUCCCAGCUCCCCAGAAAAAAUGAAGAAAAGUGUUAGUUUGGAAGCAUUAGACAGAGAGAAUGAGUUGUUUUCUAAUCAAAGCAAUCCAAUUUGUCAGGAAGAGAUGAAAGAAUUGUCACAGAAUAAUGUAGAAACUUCUUCAAGUGCUUCUGAGGAAGUCAGAAAUUAUGGAUAUUUUGAUGACUCCAGACCACAUAAUUACAAUUAUAGUGAAACAUCACAGCUGCUUUCUGAAAAAGCUGAAAAGGAGACUAAAGUGAUAGAGGAUGCAACAAGUCCUGAAAUGGAAAGUAUCUCUGAAAGUUCUGAUAAGGGUAGUGAUAAUCCUGAAAAUAAUUCUUCCAAAAUGCCCCAAAACUCAGGCAUCUGGAAUGACUCUGAAAAAAGUGAUUUUCACCUUGCCACAUCAAUGCCUUUGACAAACGAACCACAAGAAGUGCUGGGGGAAGUGAAAGGGAGCUUACAUGAAGUGGCUCCUAACCACCCUAGCGUUUGUGAUUCUGAGUUGGUGUCUUUCAAAAAUAGCUCAGAACUGAACAGAACUCAUGAAAAGUCUUUCAUAGAUGAGUUUAAAAAGAGUCCUUCUUCAGCAUAUGUCAGUGUUCCUGACAUUACAGAUACGUCUGUGGUGGAAAAUUCGUUUUCACAUGAAAUACAUUCUGGGAGAAAUGAAAACCCUGGAAAUUCAGACCCUGCUAAUAAUCUUUGUGGGGAGCCAUGUGUAAUGCUUAGUGGCAAUUUUCCCCAAGCUGCUUGGAAUUCACAACCAUGUGAAGAUUUGCAGUCUCCUGGAACAAGUCCUGAGGCAAGUGAAAUCCUUGAAAUGGCAAAUACCACAAGUAGCCUUUCAAAGGAUAUACAGAUCAAAAGUUACUUGGAAGAAGAUAAUGUGUGGAGUGAUUCAAUAAAUGAUUAUGCACACUCAAGUGGAACAAGUCCUGAUUUAAGUGAUGCAUCUGUGAAUGUGUGGGGAGACCUUCCAGUUGCCAGUCAUAACAAAAAAAUUCAGGAUAUAUGGGAUAUUAAAAAUAAUAAAAAUCUCGAGGAUGUUCAUAAAAGGAAUGAAUCUAGGAAGGAACAUGAAGAAGGAUUUGAAGCAAGUGCUGAACAGAACAAAGUUCCUAAAAGCCUGGAUUUUUGGAAUGCCCAUGUGGAUGAUGAUACUGUAUCUUCUUUAUCAAGUCCUGACAUAAAUGAGGAUUCAGAGAACUCAGAGGCAUGCCCAGAAGUAAUUCAUGAAGAUGCCACGUAUGGAAACAAACAGGGCAAAGUGUCUGAAAUUGGAGACAAUUACGCUCAAUCUAGUGCAACAAGUCCUGAAGCAAAUGAAGACCAUUUAGGUGCAGAAACUAAGGUGGGAGAGGAGGUCCAAAUAGGCAUCUUCAGUGAAAAUCCUGAAACUAUUAAAGCUGGGAAAGUAUUGCAGGAGGACUUGACUAUAAUGGAGCAUAAUGAGACGUCUGAAUAUUUAGGUCACUGGGAAACACUUCAGAAAAACUCUGAGAUUAGUAUUUUCACUGAAAAAACAGAUAGCAGGGAAGACUCAUAUUUGUGUCAAAUGAGUGAAGAAAGUACACCGACUUUUGCAGCUGGUGAUAAAGAAGAGCGUUCUUCAAAAACUGUUGAUAUGUGGAGUAGGUCAUUGAAAGCUGAUUUAAAAACUGAUCCAGAAUCCUCAGUAGGAACAUUUGGUUUUCCAGAUGACAAUUCAAAAUGGUGGAAUUCACAACUUUGUGAAGAAAAGCAACUGGAAGAUCAAUAUUCUGUUUCAAGUCACUCUGCAACAAACCAGUUGACAAAUAGUAAGCCUGACUCCUGGGGAUCACCUUCAGAAGAUGAAGAACUAACACAAGCACAUUUCACAAAUGAAAGUAAUGAUGGAAUUCAGACUUCCCUCCUGCACUGUGAUGAAAAAGAAAAUGAAAGGCUAGUAAAUCCUAUGAGUAUUCCUGAUAGUCAAAUAAGUCAGGACACUGUACAGUUCAAACAAUUUGAUCCUUUCAUACUGGAUAAAGAAGGGGGCUUAAAAGAUCAGUUGUUUCCAACAGAUGAGGAAAAGCAGCUGACACCACAGAAUCCUUUUCCAGAUGAGGAACAAAGUAUGCCAAAUACACCAGUUCAAGAAAUCACUGUACUAGAUCUACCAAAAGACAACCAGGGAAAUACAAGUCUCAUUCCUCAAGAACAACAGCAGGACACGUGUGAAAGAUUAGAAGCACACAACUCCCAUCCAGGUGCUUUCACUGUAGAAGACUUAUCUUUUGAAAUGACAGAGAAGUCAAGUCCAGGGUGGAGUAUUUUAGUUCCCCAAACUGCACUUAUCCCAGAUAUUUUACAGGAUAACACACAAGAAAGUAAUCAGCAGUUUUCGGUGGAACCUGACCUGUGGACUGCUGCUGAGCAGAUUGUCACUUUAAAAUCAGAUGGUGAAAACCCUGAUAUAUUAAGUCACUGUGAACAAGACAAUAGUUCAGAGGCAUCAAGCAGUCCUGAUGUGUGCCAGGAGUAUGAAGCUAAGCGUGCUUCUAUCCCAUCUUCUCAGACUGGGCUUGAACCUGAAGACAAAGGUAGUCAGAUGAUUCAUGCAUGGUCAAGUAUGAGUAAAGAGGCAGAUUUUGAUUCAGAGUGUCAAUUAGUAAUGCAGAAGGUAGAGACACAGUCUGAAAAUGAUAGCUCCCAGGACUAUGAACAAGGAAAGACUGAUGACUCCUAUCAGCUAAUCUCUUCUAAUAUUCAGGAGCCUUCUGAAUUUUCAAUUUUGAAAGAAUAUGGUCUAGAAAAUAAGCUUGUUACUGACCCCAUUGAAUCAGCUGAGAUUAGCAGUGAAGUUUUAGAAGGGACAUCCUUAGAUCUGAAAGACACAUUCCAUGAAAGUUUUACGCCUGCAAGUCAUCAAGGAACACCAGCUGAUACAGCUCAAAAAGAAACCUCCCAAAUACAUUUUUUUCCCAUGGAUCUCACUCUACCUGAUGUAGAAGAACAAAGCUUAAAAGAAAUAAAUGCCUUGGCCGAAGUUGGAAAAUAUUCUGAUAUUGCCCAUACAGCAAUAUCUGGUGAUGAGCUAGAACUGUCAGAAGAAUGCAUGGAUGAAUCUGAGACAGGAGUAGAACAUAAGAUCAGGAGCACAUCACUGACUGACAUCCCAGCAAGCACAUGUGGUAGUAUGAAUAUAGUGGCAGUAGUAGGCAGUGAAGCAGCUGAAGGGGAAUUAAAGGGUAAACAGAUACACUUUCCUAAAUCCUUUCUCCCUGGUGAUAAUGAAGGCUGUGAAUCUGAUUCAAAUGAUCAGCCAGUUGAUGACAUAGCAAAAGAAUCUGAAGAUUUACUUGAAAAUUAUAUUCCCAUGUUUAAAGAAAUGCCCAGUGACCAAUCACCAGUGGUGUGUACUCCACCAUCCUAUGUAUCUUUUGAUGCUGAACCCUCUGACAGCACAGAAUGUGCAAAGGAUGACCUCUUAUUACAGCAGCCGUUUUGUGACAGUUUUUCUUUGGAAAAACCUUUACCACUGCCAGGUCCGCCGGAAGGUGCAGAAGGCAUCCUAACGACUGAAGACAGCAACAUUAAAGAUCAGGUGUCUGACACAUCCACAGAGUGCCUUCAGGACAAUCACACGUCAGUACCCUCACUCUAUGAGUCUGAAGUAACUCAAGGAGCUUCUGAGACUUCGAUAGGAGAAUCUGAAGCAGAAACAACUGAUCUCGACUUACCGCCAGGUGGAGAUAAAAGAUCACUUGAUGAAGCUGUCACUGACUCCCUGCUUCCUAGGGAGAAUAAGCUGAGGAAUUCCUCUGAGAGCCCUGAACUGAAAAGUGCAGAGGGUAAGGAAGAUGUGAGAACGCAGGUGCACCGAGAUCCAACAUCACUGGAGAUGGAUUACAUCCUUGUUACUGAGGAAGAAAAAACACCUACAGCAAAGGAUACCCUUGAAAGAAAUGAAAGUGAUUUUGCAUUUCAAGAAGCCAAGGUGGCUGAACAAACAGAGUCUGAUGAAGGCUUUUCACUGGGCUCCUUGGAUACAUUUCAGCCAAUCUCCAUUACAAAUGAAAUGGAAAAUCACUCUGUUUGUGAGACUGAAUGGGAUUCUGUUCAGUUAGAGGAGGAAAGUUCUUCUGUUGUGCCUCAAAAGCUGGAUGAUGAAGGAAGAUUGCAGGAAAGCUAUGGGCAAGAUGAGGACUGGAUUAUAUUGGGCCAAAAUGAAAUCAGUGACAUAUCACCUGAAGAAAUUUCUGCUGAAUCAGAGAUGCCAAAAUCAGGGUCUGGACAUUCUGGUGAAGAACUGACUGCCGUUGCAGCACAGGAAUUGAUUCUUGGUGCUCACGCAGGAUUUCAAGUAGAAACUCCCCUUCAGAAAUCUUUUGAACAUGAGGGCUGUUCUCCUUCAGGCAGCCUGACUACCAAGGAUGAGAGUUCAGGCAUUGCAGGAACACAUGUGUUGGAGGUGAUUGGUGGUGAUGGUGCAUGGGAAGCGAGUUCUCAACAGAGACUUGGAGACAACAUAGCAACAGAACAAGAAAUGAAGGAGGAAACAGUGGUUCUCAAUAAUGAAAGAGACUUGAGUCAAAAAUCAGGGUUGGUAGAAGAGGAUGUGGGAAUGGACAUCCCCUUUUCUGAGGGUGUAUUAAGCCCCAGUUCCACAGAGAUGAGACCCGAACCUCCCAAUUCUCUUGAUCUUAAUGGUUCCCAUCCCAGAAGGAUAAAGCUCACUGCUCCAAAUAUUAAUCUCUCUCUGGACCAGAGUGAAGGGUCUGUGCUUUCUGAUGAUAAUUUGGAUACACCAGAUGAAAUUGACAUCAACGUAGAUGACCUUGACACCCCUGAUGAAGCAGACUCUUUCGAGUACACUGGACAAGAAGAGCAGACUGCUACUAAGGAUGCUUCCAAUGAGGAGUCUGAAUCAAUUCCAGAGUAUACAGCUGAAGAGGAGCGAGAGGACAACAGGUUAUGGAGAACGGUGGUUAUUGGAGAACAAGAACAAAGAAUUGAUAUGAAAGUCAUUGAACCUUACAAAAAGGUCAUAUCACAUGGAGGAUAUUAUGGCGAUGGCCUGAAUGCUAUCAUUGUGUUUGCGGCGUGCUUCUUGCCAGACAGCAGUCGAACUGAUUACAACUAUGUAAUGGAAAAUCUUUUCCUCUAUGUAAUCAGUACUUUAGAGCUCAUGGUAGCUGAAGACUAUAUGAUUGUCUACUUGAAUGGAGCAACACCAAGAAGGAGGAUGCCUGGACUGGGCUGGAUGAAAAAAUGUUACCAGAUGAUUGAUCGACGAUUACGGAAGAAUUUGAAAUCAUUUAUAAUUGUUCAUCCAUCAUGGUUUAUCAGAACAAUUCUGGCUGUGACACGACCUUUUAUAAGCUCUAAGUUCAGCAGUAAGAUACAGUACGUCAACACGUUGGCAGAGCUUCGCGAGAUGAUUCCAAUGGAAUAUGUGCACAUACCAGACAGUAUUGUCAAGUAUGAUGAAGAGAAGUGUAUUAAAAGAAGAAUGAGACUGGAUGAAGAACUGAGGGAAACUUCAGAAACAGCUAAAACUAGCUGCCUCUCAAAUGAUCCAGAAAUUACUUCCGUGGAGCAGGACAUUGACAUGACCCUGAAAUAAAAAGCGUUGCUACCAGGCAUUUGAAGAAGAGGUUUCGUUUGGAUUUUCUUCACCUAGACACCUACAACCAUGGUGUACAAUAGGCAAUUUGGGUUAAUUUGGUUUGUUUAUGAUUUUUCUGUGUCAUUCACCAAUUUAAGAAGACCAAAAGGGCCAAUCUUGUUGCCAUGGAAACAGCAGAAUUUGUGACCUGUUUAUUUGUGUUGUUUUCAGAAAGAGACUUUUCUUUAGGAAAGCUAUAUCAUCUAGCAUUGGUUUCUAUGUAUGUGAGCAUUUUCUGUUUAAAAGGAUACCAUUUUAGCAACAGUGUGCCUCAUGAACAAGUCCAUGAGGAUGCAGAUUUUGUUUGGUUUUUGUCUUCAGCAUAUUAAUGUUUAUGCACAGCUGAACAGGAUAUUAUUGUUACAAUAAAUGUUAGCUUGGUUGUGUCACAGAGCAGCAACAACUUCAUUGAUUAAUAAUCAUUGUAGAAAUGAUGCAGGACUUUUUUGAAUUUGUGUGUUUCUUUCUGUCUGAAAAGUCUUUCCACAUUCAUUUAACCCUAAUGACUUUUUAAUUUGGUCACGGGAAACACUGAUAGGCUAAAAACAUAAGAAUUAGUCACCAAACAGACUUCCCAGAAGACAAAUGAGAAACUGAAAUUAAUUUUAUUUUAAUAAUUUAAGUCAGUAUUUUUAUUUUAGGGAUAGUUCUGAUAGAAGCAGCUGAUCCUGUAAAUUAUUGUCAUAUAUUCUAAAAACCUUGGAGCAUUAAUUUGUUAUUGUUGUUUUUAAAUCUCUUUUCCCAGAACUUCUUUGUUUUUUAAGUUACUGGUCUUCAAAUGGCAUCCUAACUUCAAUCAUAAAGGCUAUUAAUGCUAUGAAUACGAAACAAAUACUUAGUAUUUCCGACUAGCAACUGAAGAUGAAGAUUAAAUGUAUAAAUCUAUAGUUGGGAAUCACACUCAUUUGUCAGUAAUAGAUGUCAAAGUAUUAUUCAAAUUGUAUCUGAUAUUUAAAAAAUAAGUAUUACAGUGCAGUUUAUUUCUGUGUCAUAGAACACAGCAGUGAAAACAUUAAAAGUUGCUGUCUUGUGUACUGGCACAAAAGACAUUGCAGUCUAAGCCCUCAUAUUCAUUGGAAAAUUCUCUCCGACCAUUCUUUUGCAAGACAGUGCAAAUUAAUUGUUGAGUGAAUUCUGCUUGACGGCUUUAAAAAGGCAAGAGUCAAGGGUGUAACUAAUUCUUUCACUUCCCCUAAAGAACACAUCCGCUUAUCAAACCUGCUGACUCACCUGCGUUUUGGGAUGUCCUGAGAGAAUUAACAGUGUUACGCACUUUCCAAAAUACUAUUCUUGUUUUCAGGAGAUUCUCAUUUGCCCUGGAGUUACAUCUGUGGAUUCUCUGCUUUCUCUGUUAAGAAGUCUGUAGUUGUAACAAUUGAAGAUAAUUUGCACCUUCUUUCAAUGUGUGCACUAACUCCAGUCCUGCUUCCAGUCCGGAAUUAUUAAUUAAAGAGAAGACAAGCAAAGGUUUUUAUGGGGAAUAAAGUUUAAGGAAAAGGCAGGACAGCACGAGCCUACUGAGAAUGAAAAUUACAUUUCAUCCUUCAUUUAAAAGAUUGAUGUUUUUGUUCUGUGGUUUGCACAUUUCCAUCUGUGUCAAUUUGUAUCUUAUAUUUGCAAGGUAGUCUGCAGGCAGGAAAGCAAGCAUCCAUCACUGUGCACACAGUUGUUCAGCUGCUGUAAUAGAGAUGGACAAAAUUGUCAGAAAGGCAAGAACAUGCCAAAUGCUUUCUUACCUGCCAGCAUCAAAACUGAGAUACCUGCACCUCUGCAGUCUUUGCUCUGUGCUGGCAGGUGGUGCGCAGUAUCUGUCACACUGGCUAGGCUGUCGUAUGGCAUCUUUCUGUUGGUUCCUGUUAAUGUUCACAGAGAAAGGGCCUAAUCCUGCUGACCAUUGUUGCUGCUCUGUAACCUUUAAAUUAGGAUCUGAUAGUUUCCACCAUAUCUCAGAUAUUUGAAUCUUGGCUUGUGUCUGCCUUAUAUAAGUGCUGUCACUUAGUAUAUUGGGGAUAAUGUUUUAUGUACAGAUUAAUAUUUGUAUUAACUUCCAGAUGCUAAUUAAGCUUCACCUAGAUCUAAACUAUUAAAAGCAUUUAGUAGCAUGAAGUCACAUCUUCUGUAGACCUGUAGUUUAAGCCACCUAGAAUGAGCCAGACAAUUUGUGUUAUGCUAUAGGUGAGAGAAGUGUUUGUAAAAAAAAAAAGUUCACCACAAAGCAGAAGUUCAGCACAAAUCUUUAUGUGCUGUUUAAGACCUAAGCGGGAUAUAACUGAUUUGUGUUUCAGCUCAGAGGUGAAUUUAAUUCUGAAGGCUUUGUGUAAAAUUACUAAACAGCAAAGCUAUAUGUGAAUUAACAUGAUUAAUGUGGGUGGACUAAUAGUGGCAGUCUGAGAUGAAAGGAAUUUGUUUAAGCCAAACGUCACAUUAAAAAAAAAUGGGGGAUCAAUGUGAUGGUGCAAAAACGAUUGCAAGAUCAAGGUGUGGUUAUCUUUGCUUAUUAAUAUAUUUUGAAAAGUUUUUUAAUGUUAUGAGAUGGCAAUUCUAUAUUAUCCUAACAAUAAUGUAUCAAUAUUUAUAAAUUGGUAGUUUGUUGAAGAGGAACAUAGUAAGUAUAAUUGCACAGAUAUAAUCUUUUAUAUAUGGAUUUUUUCUACUGUGUAUCAGAGUGCUCAGAUAAAAUAUAAAUUAACAGUUGGGUUUUUUUUUUUGUUAAAAUACCUAUGCUGACUUAAACUAUAGAUUAGGCAAUACAAGGGUAUCUAAUAUCAUUGUAUGCAUAUAUAUACAUCAGAAUCAGAAAUAAAGAUCUGCAGCCCACCA